AUGCAACGGUUGUGUCUUCGUGAAUCCCUUCGAAGUAGCGGCACUGAUUCGUCAACACCGAAGAAGAUUUUCAAGAUUGGCAAGAGGCUUGUUCAACUACAUACACAUCAGUACAGCUCGCAAAGUCUAAUGUAUAUGCUCGAAUCCAUUAAUUGA